AUGUCUGAAAACUCCUCAACUCUUCAUUUGAUCAUUCAAAUCCCUAAUAUGUCAAAAUCUCCAAAUCAAUUAGACAUACUAGACUCUCAGAUAGAUCAUGAAUCUAGAGAGAAAUAUUUGAAAAAGUUGCAGAGCUAUCAAAAUAAGUCAGAGACAUACUGGGAUUUCACCAUUGUUCCAAAUAUUUUUCAACAAUCACAACAAGAGACAGAUGACAGUAACUUCAAUUACUUGGAUGAAAACUUCGGGAAAAUAGGUGAAUGGGAUGACAUUGUUUUCAAACUACAAGAACUAAACAAUCAAGCAAAGUCCAACGAAUGUUAUAAGAUCUUAUUUUUGUUUCGACAUUACACUGGAUUUCACAAUUUAGCUCACCUAAAAUACGGUGAUGAUGCAUGGAAUGAUUACUGGUCAAAAUUGAAUGGAGAUGAUGAAUACACAUGGGGACCAGAUGCAAACUUGACACCUGAAAGUAUCGAACUCGCGAAAAAGAACAGUAAAUUAAUAGAAAAGGAAUUGAGGAAUAAUCCAAAACAUGAUUUAAAUUUGAUACUACCAAAAAAGUUUUACGUAUCACCUUUAAGUCGAGCAAUUGAUACUUUGUAUUAUACUUGGAAUGGAAUAAAUGAUUUAAAAAAUAACAGUCCAUUAAUUCAAGAGAAUUGGAGGGAAACUACAGGUGUUCACACAUGUGAUAAAAGAUCAACUAGAUCAAUAAUAGAGGAUAGAUUUAGCUCAAAAGGUUUUAAGAUUGAAGAUAGUUUAACCGAAAACGACGAAUUAUAUAAAGACGAUUACAGAGAAACGAUUGAUGAACAAGCAUUUAGAAUGUAUACUGGUUUACAAGAAAUGUUCAAUAAUAUCUUAAAAAAUGAUGAUAUUGUUCUGAUUACUAGUCAUAGUGGAAGUAUCAGAACUCAAUUGUUGGUUUUAGGUCAUAGACCAUUUGCUGUUCAAACAGGAGGAAUGAUUCCAGUUUUUGUGAAAGCAGUCAAGCAAACAAGAAAUAGUAGUAGGAUUUAG